GUAGGACCCCUUGCGCUUGUAUACAGUAAUCUAAGGCAGCCAUAGCGCCUGGACGAACGCGAUUCUAGAGCUUCGCUAUUUUUCCGCUUUCAAUCGCGUGACCUCGCCUAAGAAAAUGUUAGCAUCCAAGUACUUGCUUCACGUGAACUCAUAUGGAGCGCCGGUGCGGAGAGCGAGCGCGGCGCCCUGGCGCGGAGGAGUGGUCACUCGCUCUUCCAACGGGUUUGUGAAGUCGGGACAGGUCGCGCUCGCUAGCCCUGUCAGCAGUGGAGCUCAGGAUAUCAAGCAGCAACUUACCACGGAGCUGGAGGGCCUGGACCGGGGCAUCUUCGGCGUGCCGGCCGCCAAGAAGGCCCGGAUCCUGGCGCUCAUCUCCGAGCUGGAGCAGCACAACGCGCAGCCGGCGCCCACUAGCGACCUAGACCUGGUGCAGGGCGACUGGCGGCUGAUGUACUCGACCAUCACCAUCACUGGCGCCAAGCGCACCAAGCUGGGCCUGCGCGAGUUUGUCAAGCUGGGCGAGUUCACACAGCACAUCGACACAGCCAACCGCCUGGCGGUAAACCGGAUCGAGUUCUCGGUGUCUGGCCUGUCCUCGCUGCGCGGCUCGCUCACCAUCCGCGCCAACUACUCGGUGGCCUCGCCGCAGCGAGUGGACAUUAGCUACCUGGACUCGGCGCUGACCCCGGCCCAGCUCCAAAAGAUCUUCGAGGCCAACCUGGACCUGCUGCUGUCCAUCUUCAACCCCGAGGGCCACCUGGACAUCACCUACCUGGACCCGCAGCCGGCGGCGCCGGGCGCCUGGCGUGUGGGGCGAGACAACAAGGGCAACGUGUUCCUGCUGCAGCGGCCCUGAGCGGCUAGGGGCGGCGGCAGGGAGCCAGGGAGCGGCCGGUGGCGUUGGCGGAAGGAGGGGACAGGAAUGGCUGGAGCAGCGGCAAUGGAAGCGAAAUUCGAGGAGGGUAGGGGAAUCAGGACGGGCAGCGGUCAGAUGUGUAUGUAGUAUAUGCGUUGCGGCAGGCGUAAGCAUAACGAGGGACGUUGCCUGGCGCGCGGAUGGACGAGGCUCUCGUACGGACUCGGAAGCAAUUGACGGAACAAUUUUGAUGCACGCGGCACCGUGAUGCAGUUUCGAAGUGCGAUUUUGGCUGUGUACCGGACCUGGCUGCGCUACUGACCGCUGGAGGCAGGUUCAUCCCAUGCAGAACAGUCUGGUGGCGUUGGGGGAGGUGGUGGCGUCGGGAGAGUGCACUUGUACAUUGCAAGCAAGGUUUGGGAGUUUUAGAUACAACGUGCUUAAGUCUCGGACGUGGCAAGAUGAGGCAGAACUGAAGAGUGAAGGUGAUGAAGGGGGCCGAAAAGGAGGAGCUCGGACACAAUGGACGGCGGCAGGGGUGACGUAAGGCGGGGGGGACAGGUCUGCGGAUUGGGGGUGCUCAUUUCCGUUGCCAA